UUUCGGAUGGCGGUGACGUCAUCACCUGGUCAUGCUGCAGACUUGUACGAAACAGUUGUUUUUACAUCAUUUUACAGCCAGUGCGUUGCCCGUGUGUGAAGCCCUCGGACCUGUGGGAGGAUGGGGAUCCUGGAGAAGAUAGCCGAGAUUGAGCGAGAAAUCGCUCGAACUCAGAAAAAUAAAGCGACCGAGUACCAUCUUGGAUUGCUAAAAGCCAAGCUUGCCAAGUACAGAGCCCAGCUCCUGGAGCCUUCAAAAUCAUCUGGAGCCAAAGGUGAAGGCUUUGAUGUUAUGAAAUCAGGUGAUGCCAGGGUGGCUCUAAUUGGAUUCCCAUCCGUUGGCAAGUCUACUUUUCUGAGCUUAAUGACCGCAACGGAAAGCGAAGCAGCUUCAUACGAGUUCACUACACUGACCUGCAUCCCAGGUGUUAUUGAGUAUAAAGGUGCCAACAUACAGUUGCUGGAUUUGCCCGGAAUCAUCGAAGGAGCAGCUCAAGGAAAGGGUAGAGGCAGACAGGUGAUCGCUGUAGCCAGGACUGCGGACGUGGUUAUCAUGAUGCUGGACGCAACCAAAGGUGAUGUGCAAAGGGAACUUCUGGAAAAAGAGCUUGAAUCUGUUGGCAUAAGACUCAACCGGUGCAAACCCAAUAUUUACUUUAAGCCUAAGAAAGGUGGAGGUCUGUCCUUUAAUUCAACAGUUCCUCUCACACAGUGCUCUGAGAAGCUUGUGCAGCUCAUUCUUCAUGAAUACAAAAUCUUCAAUGCUGAAGUUUUGUUUAGAGAAGACUGUACACCCGAUGAAUUUAUUGACGUCCUCGUGGGCAACAGAGUCUACAUGCCUUGUUUAUAUGUGUACAACAAAGUGGACCAGAUCUCAAUAGAGGAAGUAGACCGUCUCGCCCGUCAGGCCAACAGCGUGGUGAUCAGCUGCGGCAUGAAACUGAAUCUAGACUACCUCCUGGAGCAGCUGUGGGAAUACCUGGCUCUGAUCUGCCUUUACACCAAGAAGAGAGGAGAGCGGCCGGACUUUGGUGACCCUAUCAUCAUGAGAAGAGGUGCAUCAGUAGAACAUGUGUGCCACAGGAUCCACAGAACAUUAGCCAGCCAGUUUAAGUACGCACUUGUCUGGGGAACGAGCACGAAGUACAGCCCGCAGCGAGUAGGACUGACGCACAUCAUGGAACACGAGGAUGUAAUUCAGAUCGUGAAGAAAUAAUAAAUCUCACGUCUUCAGCCAUAGGAUCAUGGUAUAAUUAGAAAAGAUAAUUUUUUUUACCCAUUUUUUUUUUUGGAUACAAGUGCUUUAUGCAUUUACUUUAACCAAAUGUCAUUAAAAAGAGAGAGCCUUUAUUGAGCAGUGUGCUAAACAAAACAAGGAUGGAUCGCAAAAUACACAGACCAUGCAGCAAAUAAACAGACACCCGAAGUUUUAUGAUAAAAUGUACACAAAAUAUUGAUUGAGUAAGGUUUAGCUAUUAAUACAUUAAUAAUACCUUUGCCGAUUUUCCUUUAGUGGUUUUAAGAGCAACACCUGGCCUUGGCAUAGAGUUAGAGUUUUUGUUCUUAACCUUGAACAGCACAAAGGCAUCAUCUUGAAGACUAAAGGUGACCAGGUCGUGUCUCCGCUGGUGUUUUAUUUUUUUUCUUUAAACUGAAAACUCUAUAAUACUGUUAAAUGCAGGAAGGGGGAUUCCAGAAUUCCUAUCCGUUUGUUUCCAUCGUCAGAAUGAACAACAAUCCAAAAUUUUCACUUCUAGACGGGAAAUUAAAGUCAUGAUAAUGGGAAAGAUAUAAAACUGUUGCUGUCUAUUUACUUCUUUCAUGUCUGUCUAAAACCCAUAUACAUCAAAGCAAGACAUGGUUUAGAAUGUCUACCCUCACUGUAUAUUUGCAAUACAGAAAAACAGACAUUCAAGUCAAACUGGGACUAAUGAUUGUGCAGAAUAACCGAACACAGUUAUGAGGUGACUGUGGUUUUCCUUCCACAUUCCCCAUACAUGCAGAUUAGGCUUACUAGCAUGUCCAAAUUGCCCAUGUAUUGUGUGCGCUUGUGUUCCCUGCAAAGGAUCGGCACCCCGUCCAGAGUGUACCCCACUUCAUAUGCCCCGAGUUCCAUGCGGUAGCCCCUUCAGACCUUCCACGACCCUGUACAGAAUAAGCAGUGUAGAGAGUGAAUAAAUUAAAAACUCCCUUUAUUUCUCUAUAUAGUCCCCUGCUACACUAAUGCACUUAUGCCUGAGUUUCACUAGUGCUUGGAAUGUUUUCUCAGUGUGCUGGAGCCAUGAAUUCUUGAAACGCCAGCCUCCCAGGAACUCCUUUAAUGUUUGCCCAAACAUGUGGAAAUGUCUUGGAUUGAGGUCAGGACUGUCCAGGGGACGUGGCGAUAACUUCCAGCCGAGUUCUGUAAUGUUCACACAGACAGAUUUUCUCUUCCACAAGUUGGCGACAAGUCACCUGUCGAUUUUCAGUGAUCAGGCUUUUACCCGCUGAGACUACAGUGAGCUCCAAGUCGCCACGGCCAAGAUUGUCAUUCACAGACAUGCUGCCUUCUUUAAAACAUUCGCAAUGUUCAUAUGUAUUACUGCAGCUAAGAGUCUCAUCACCGUACUGUGCUUGAAGUCAUCUGUAAAUGUCAAUCUUUUUUAUUUUAUUUUUUACUUCAUUCACAUGAAAUUUCAUCACAAGUCCUGGUUUGACUUGAACGCUCCUGGUCGAUAUUUGGCAGCAGGUUAAUAUUUUGUACUGCUUACAAACCAGUACUCCUGUCAAGUAAAAAAUUAAAAUAAAAAAUUCAAAAAUGAAAACGAGUGACUUGUCAGUAAGAGAUAUAAAAACGCUCAUUGUCUUUGAUAAAUAAAAUAUUAACAAGA